CAAUAUGUUUAUAAGCAGGCAGCGAUUUCUGCCAUAGGCUUUACAUAAUAAAUUCAGUGAGACCGCCCACAUGAGUUAAAGGCCGACCAGGGACUAUGCACAGCUUCAGUUUUGUUUUGAGUCUCAAGGAACGGUAAACCUCUCCGCACUUUAACGCACAUUGUGUCUUUGUUUGACUUUUUACAUCUGAAGGCGAUAUAGAUUUAAGGGUUGCAGUUAGGAAACUUUCGCAAGACCAAAUAUGAUUUUCGACAAGUUGAAAAAGUUCGAUAUCGUGUUUGAUUCUCCGGAGAUGGACUCUCCUCCGGUGUUCAGCAGUGGAGAUGUUGUAUCAGGAAAGGUUGUGCUGGAGCUCACGGGAGAGAGUAAAGUCGAGUCAGUGAAGCUGCAUGCAGAAGGUUUCGCCAAAGUGCACUGGACCGAGUCUCGCAGCGCCGGCUCAAGCACCGCUUACACGCAGAACUACAGCGAUGAAGUGGAGUAUCUGAACCGGAGAGAAGUGUUGCUGCAGGCAGAUAAUGGUGAACUGACGGUCCUUCCUGCCGGGAGGCAUGAGUACCCUUUCAGUUUUCAGCUGCCAGAGGAAACCCUGGUGACAUCCUUUGAAGGCAAGCACGGCAGCAUUCGAUACUGGGUGAAGGUUAAGCUGCAUCGGCCAUGGGCCUCGGUCAAGAAGAUCAAGAAAGAGUUCACAGUUAUCGAGCCCAUUGACAUCAACACUCCUAGUUUACUGGCACCUCAAGCUGGAACCAAAGAGAAGAUGGCCCGCAUCUGGUACCGCAACUGUGGGCAGGUGUCAAUCACUGCGAAGAUCGACCGCAAGGGUUACACAACAGGUGAAGUGAUUCCAGUCUUUGCUGAAUUUGAUAACUCCACAUCUCGAUCCGUGGUGCCUAAAGCUUACAUCACUCAGACGCAGACCUUCAUUGCGAGGGGCACCAUGAAGCAGAAGCGAGCUGUGGUGGCCACACUCUGCGGGGACAUACUUGGUGCACACCGUAGAGAGACCUGGCAUGGCCGAGCCAUUAAAAUCCCCCCUAUCGGCCCCUCCAUUCUGCAGUGUCGUAUAAUCAAAGUGGAAUACAUGCUCAGGGUCUGUGUAGAUGUUCCUGGGACUUCCAAGCUUUCCCUGGAGCUUCCUCUGGUAAUGGGCACCAUCCCACUCCAUCCAUUCGGCAGUCGCACAUCCAGUGUCAGCAGCCAAUACAGCAUGAACAUGGAGUGGAUUCGCAUGGCCAUCCCUGAGCAGCCGGAGCCUCCUCCAGAAUACAGCUCUGUCGUCACAGAUGAGGAAGCAAUCCAGAACUCCACAGCAAUCCAACAUGAGGAGGACCUCAGUGGAGUUCUUCAGCGCUCCCUGAUGGCCUAUGUGCAGGAGUUCAGAUUACGCCCACCUCCGGUGUACAGCGAGGUGGACCCAAACCCUCAACCCAUCAACAUACGUCCUCGCUGUAUGACAUGUUGAACUCUCUGCUAGCUGAACAUCACAAGAUGUUUGAAUUAAAAGUCGGGAUUUGAAUCUCCCAGACGCCUCUCUGACACUGAGAUUGGUACUUGUUCCUCGUUUGAGCUGUUCGCAUCGAAUAAGCCAUCUGUAACUCCUGCAGAGGGCCAGAGAGAGGAGGAGAUGUCUGGACCAGGCGAGGCAGAACGCUUUCAGUAAACAAAGAGGACAUUCAAUAUCGGGCGAACAAAGGUUUCGCCCAUGUUUAUGUCCCAAAGACCGAUCAGACUCUGGUCUGUCUGUGCCUGAAAAGAUUUUCAAGUCACACUUAUGUAGAAUCAGGGAAAUAUGAGAUCACUUGAGAUUAUGGGUGAUGAUAGAAUAAGGAUGACUUUUAUUUUCAGAAGCCAUUCAGAGAUGCUAUACAUAGUGCCUUACAUUAGUAAGACUAAUGUUUUGCUAGGUUUUCUGUGAAAUGAGUGUCUGAAGUCUGCCACCUAAAGUGAAAAGCCAUCCUCCCCUACAACACCGUAUCAUCAUGUAAAUCUCAUUUGGUGUACGUCUUAGCCAAAGAGAUACAAUUCUGAUGUACAGGCUCAGUGCUUUAAUGCUCGUGUUUGCACGGGCAAUUCUAUGCAAAAGGGAAAACCUAAAGCUUUUAGAAAAUGACGUGGGAAAAUUACAAAUGUAGAACAUUAUUUUGUCUUUGGAGUGGUAGAUAGCAUCUCUGCUCCAGUUGUUGACGUUCAUCUAUAAGCUUUCAUCAAAGGUCGAGCCGCUGACCUGAAAGGUCUUCAUUUCUGAAUGUAAUGCAAGGCAGAAUGUAUCCGUGUUAUUACAGAUAACAUAUCUUUGUGCAAAAAUGUUGACUAUUAUGUCAUGUUUGCCAGUAGAUUUAAGUAGCAUAGUCGUUGCAAUGUAAUGGUAUGCCAGAAACAAUGGGGGAAAAAAAUAAGAGUCAUGUGUUUCCAAGGUGCCUAUUUCGUUUUUUAGAGGAGAGCAAAAAACAAUGACAGGGAUUAUGUUAUAUUAAGCUUUCCUACUGUUUUAACUCCCUGAAGUGUCCUUACAAACAAUCCAGAAAAACCACAGUCUCUCUUUUUUUCCAAAUAAUGAAAAAGUGUAACUUCAGGUUGAAACACAAUGAUUGUUUAUGGCACUCAUUUUGAAUGAAUGUAUUUUAAAGGCUUUUUCCUGUUGAAAUUUGUGACAAAUAUAUAUUUUUGUUAAUUACUUUUAAAUAAAGAAAACCAAUGAACAUGA